CUUCCAGAAACUUCUAAAAAAAUGCUUGCUGUUGUUUCGAGGUACGCCAGACCCACCACUGUGCGCUCACUUUCAAACGGUUACCGUUACAGUUACAGUAGUAACCGCAACACCAAAAUAACCCCAACUUUACUUUUCUCUAUAAAAAAAGGUUUUCUCUCCGAUUUAUCAUCAUUCCAUAAAAGAGUAACCAACCAAUCCAUUCAUACCACAACAUCUCAUUUUACAUUUUUUCUUUCUUUCGUUUUUGAAUGUGAUUGGAAAAUUGUGUGGAACAGAAUUUGAAGGUAGAUGGAAAAUCGUUGUUGUUGUUGUUUUCAACUUCAGCUAAAACUCAUGAUGAUGGAAGUCAAAAGAACUAAAAAAGUUCUAUUACUUACUGUUGCUAAAUCGUCUCCAGGUGAUGGACAAAUUGCUGAUAUAAAGAUCCUAAAAUCGCUAGCUAGUUACCUUUGGAUAAAAGAUAAUCUCGAAUUUCAGUUUCGAGUUGUUGCUGCAUUGUUCUUACUUGUUGGAGCUAAGGUUAUUGAUAUGAUAUUGAUAUGCCUUAGUAGUAAAUGUUGGGCCAUUGAUUGGUUAAAUACUGCCACAGGCAAUGCUGGUGCCGUUGUUUCAAAUCCUACUGUGGUCGCCCUUUUUGCUACCCGUGUGUUGAUCGGAUAUGGGAUUGCACGUUCUGGAGCUUCUGCUUUUAAUGAACUGCGGAGUGCUGUGUUUUCCAAGGUAGCACUGCGAACAAUUCGUUUAGUUUCAAGAAAGGUCUUUUCGCAUUUGCACGACCUUGACCUUCAAUAUCAUCUAAGCCGAGAAACUGGUGCAUUAAAUCGAAUAAUUGACCGUGGCAGCCGUGCAAUAAAUUUCAUUCUCUCCUCUACGUUGUUCAAUGUAGUACCCACCAUAUUAGAGAUAUCUAUGGUAUCAGGUAUACUGGCCUACAAAUAUGGAGCACCUUUUGCAUGGAUUACUUCCCUGUCAGUUACUGCUUAUGUUGUUUUCACACUUUCUAUCACACAGUGGAGGGCUAAAUUCAGGAAAGCCAUGAAUAAGGCUGAUAAUGAUGCUAGUACUAGGCAAAUUGAUUCACUUAUUAAUUAUGAGACCGUCAAAUAUUUCAAUAAUGAAGCUCAUGAAGUCGAUCAUUGCGAUAAGUACCUAAAGAGGUAUGAGGAUGCUGCUCUGAAAGCCCAACACAGUCUUGCUUUGUUGAACUUUGGUCAAAAUCUUAUAUUAAGUAUCGCUCUUUCAACAGCAAUGGUUCUGUGUUCUCAUGGGAUCAUGAUGACAGUUGGUGAUUUGGUGAUGGCAAAUGGGCUUCUCUUCCAACUAUCUCUUCCCCUCAAUUUCCUCGGUGGUGAUUAUCGUGAAACUAUACAAGGUCUGAUUGACAUGAAAUCAAUGUUCCAAUUACUUGAGGAAAAAGCAUACAUUAAGGACAAAGAAAAUGCAAAGCCUCUAAGAUUUAAUGGUGGGAGGAUCCAAUUUGAGAAUGUACAUUUUAGUUACCUCACAGAAAGAAAGAUACUAGAUGGAAUAUCACUACUUGUUCCAGCUGGUAAAAGUGUUGCAAUUGUUGGGACCAGUGGAAGUGGUAAAUCAACCAUUCUCAGAAUGCUAUUCAGAUUUUUUGAUCCCCAUUCUGGAAGUAUAAAGAUAGACGAUCAAGAUAUUCGGGAGGUAACGCUUGAGAGUUUACGGAAGUCUAUUGGUGUUGUUCCACAAGAUACUGUACUUUUCAAUGAUACGAUAUUUCAUAACAUUCACUAUGGCCGGCUUUCAUCAACAGAAGAGGAGGUCUGUGAAGCUGCCUGGAAAGCAGCAAUCCAUGACACUAUCAUGAGUUUUCCUGAGAAAUACUCCACUGUUGUGGGAGAGCGAGGGUUAAAGAUAAGUGGUGGUGAGAAGCAACGUGUUGCCCUUGCUCGGGCAUUCUUAAAAGCACCUGCAAUACUGUUGUGUGAUGAAGCUACAAGUGCUCUAGACAGCACAACAGAAGCAGAGAUUUUAAGUGCAUUGAAGUCACUAUCAACUAAUCGAACUUCCAUAUUCAUUGCUCACAGGCUCACCACUGCAAUGCAGUGUGAUGAUAUCAUUGUUUUGGAAAAUGGAAAGGUGGUUGAGCAUGGACCAUAUGAAGUUCUCUUAGCAAAUGCAGGAAGAUAUGCACAGCUUUGGGGACAGCAAAAUAACACUAUUGAUGCAAUUGACACAGCCAUCAAAUUGGGAGCAUAAAGAUUAUAGAAGAAAGCAUCUUCUUUUCUGUUCAAGAGAGGGGAAAAAAUGCAUUGCACAAUGUUAAUAGCGCAUAAUGUAUUUAAGACCAUUUUGAAGUUUAGUGAUACAGUCCGGUUACAAGGUCUCUUCAGCACGAGUAUCACAUUCCUUAUUGUUGGGUAAUGCAGAAGGGCGCGUCAAUUUGCUAUAAUGGUGAAUUCGGAAAAUUCAUGCUCAAUUUAUUGUAGAGCGGCAUAAUUCAAUAAUCUUAUUCCAGAAAAAGAUUGUUUACUUUCUCUAGAUUUAUUGUAGUGUGAUUCUUAUGAAAACACAUUUCUCUAUAUUUGAAUUUGAUUCUCAAGCAAUAUUAGAA